AAUGCAUCUAAAGGGCUUGAAUGGGGGGGCAGAACUGGCCUUAUUGCUGUUUCUAAAUUGGAUUGUAUCUGUGUAUGGAUCAGCUAGAAGGCAGGUGGGAUGUAUUUGAUGAAAACCUUGACCUUGAUGAAUCUUUGUCUUUCCUCAACCUUAAAUCCAAAACAGUAUUCCUAUGGGCUUGGGGCUUUGGCACAGGCCUUUUGGUGACUGCUAAUGGCUGUCAGUGCAUCCAGUUGAAUGCAAUCACUAGUCCAAGGCUACUAAUGGCUUGUAUUGCUACAGCCAAGGAGAAGCUACAGCUGUCAUUCCUCUUAUUCUUAUUGUGGCAAUGAAGCCAUAAAUAGGCAACCUGUAGCCCUCACAUUGUUGUUUUUGAAGUAAAAAAAAGAGGCAAAUUGGGGUAAAAGAUGAGGGGUAGCACCCAAACAGAAAGUUGCUUCCAGGCUAGAGAUAUUCACUUUAGGUCCUGAACCAUUCUUAUAUGGCCAUCCCUCUUACCCCAACAAAGUUUAAACAUGAUUGAUUGGUCGAUUAAUUACAGAGGAAAGCAAGGUCCAUACCAGACAGGGCAACAUACUGGAUCCAGGGAUCCCAUACCCUUUGGAACUGGGUUUGUCUGUCAACAAAUAGUGAGUUUUUUUAUUACCCAUGAUCCAGUUUGUGUUGGGUUUGAGUAGCUGUGUGGAUUUAGGAUUUUCAUGGUUUCACAGUAGUCAGUUUAGCUGUCUGGUUAAUAAGAAAUCUGCUGUACUGGGGACUUUAUGUCCCAACAGAACUUGUUCUGGAAUCUUAUAAAUGUUUAAACUAGUGAUUGCUCCAUACACUCUAGUCUAAUAUUGCUGGACUGUAGAGCAUUGCCUGACGAAGGGGUACGUCCCCGAAACGUUGCUGCUACACUUUCAAUAAACAUGAAGGGGCUAAGCCGCUUGCAUUACACUCGAUUUGUUCCUUAUUGACUCUAGAGCAUUGCCACCAUGUACUGAAGGCCAUGCUCAUCCCAUGAAACAUAUUGGGCUAUAGGAAUGGGCUAUUGGAUCCUGGUUGGGAGCAGGUACCAUUGUACAAGAGUCUUAUAACUUGAUACCAGCAGGGAGGGAUGUAUUGAUGAUUAUGGGCUAUGGAUCCCUAAAGGUUUGGGUGGUGUUGCUUCUCCAGGGAAUGACCAAGGUCCCUUUCCCAUGCCUUUACAUAAGGAAGAACAGGGAAUAGGCCUCCAGUAGGAAUUGGGACAAGACUCCAUUGGUGUUAAUAGCGCAGAUGGAUGCUAGGAAGGAGGGGGUUGGUAUAUUCUGACCCUUGUGUUUCCAUUUAAGAAAGUGGUUUUCUUUUCUUUUUCACUGGACUAAUGGGCCUUCCCUCCUAACUCUCUGUCUCUGGAUGGGGCAUUGCUGGCACCACAACAAGAAUAUAUUCACCCCCUUCUUGCUCUACUACAACUCCCAGAAUCCCUUGACAGACUGCUGGGACCUUUCAUAGUUAAAAGCCUUUAUUCUACUAAUGCCAUAUCUGCAGACACUUGGCGGUACCCAGUGGGAAAGACACGAGUAUCCAAUAGAAAAGCACAAAUAGGAAAACAUUGUAUGCAGAUUUGCAUAGUAUCCCUUUAAGUACAUCCUUCUCCUUAGUGAGACCCAGUCGGGGGUGAGCUGGGGGCACAGGGUUAUACUGUAGCACAGUUACUAUUUCACUCCUGCAGUGACACUACUGGCCAGAAGAUGGCAGCACUGGAACAUUUCACACUUUAAUGCUGACACAGAAAACUUUUUAUUUCAUUAUUUCCAUCCAAACAGCCUGGGAUCCGUGUCGUUGUUCUACGGAUAAUUGCGGCAAAGAUAUACGUGCCGCUUGAGUGGGCAGCCAUGGGCAGCUUCUCCAUUCGGAAGUACAGAAAGAAGGACUACGCCGCUGUGUGCCAUUUGUUUGCUGAAGGCACCAUGGAGCACUUUCCUGCUGCCUGUCUGUAUGUUCUGAAGGCACCUCGGGUCUAUGUGACACUCUUGUUGUUAUUUGCCUCCAUGUUACUGGGUACCAAGUCCUACAUACUCUCAUUUACCUGCCUGGCUGCCAUAUUGGCUGGAGGUUGGUGGGUGAUAAAUUCCAAAUAUCAUCAUUAUGUUAUUCAGAUCCAGAGAGAGGACCUGCAGGACAUAGAGAAGACCUACAUGGUGAGGAGCAACUCCUGUUUCUGGGUGGCAGAGUCGGACGGGAAGGUUGUUGGCAUGGUGGCCGCCCAACCAUCAGAGGAGUCAGAAGAUGAGAUGGUGCUCAAGCGCCUUUGUGUUGGAAGGGACCACAGGAGGAAGGGAAUAGCCAAGGCGCUGUGCCUGAAGGUGAUUGGCUUUGCUAAAGAGUGUGGGUACAAAGCUGUGUGCCUGGAAACGGAUAUAAUACAAUACUCUGCACAGAAGCUCUACCAGCGCAUUGGCUUUGAGAAAUACCACCUUGAGGUGCAUCAGGGCCUUUUUGGCAAAUGUACAACCUUCUCAAGCCUCUAUUAUAAAUAUACUGUAACAAAUUCAUAGCAAACAUAACAAUAAAUGGUCUAACCCAUAUUUGUAUGGACCCCGGGCAUCUAUAAAUGCAUCUAAAGGGCUUGAAUGCGCUAUUUAUACAUUUAUUCAUGGGGGGGGGGCAGAACUGGCCUUAUUGCUGUUUCUAAAUUGGAUUGUAUGUGUGUAUGGAUCAGAUAGAAGGUAGGUGGGAUGUACAGUAUUUGACAAAAACCUUGAAGCAUUACAUUCAAAAAAUGUUUAUUGUCUCGCCAUAAUAUUAUAAUGGCAAAGCUAUAAUAAAUGAAAAGACUUUGGAGAAGGAAAGUUGCAUUUAGGGCAUGAAUUAAGAUAUUUGCUGCACUUAGAUGUUCUCUUCAGGUUUCCAAGGAUAUCCGUUUGUCUGAAGUAACCAGAGAAUCAGUAGAAAUCUCUUGCU